ACAGCUGUUUUUUCUGUGUGUAUUUAGAGAGAGAUAGAUAGAGAGAGAGACAGAGAGAGUCGGAUAGAGUGGAAUAGAGUAGGGAAAAAGAAAGCAAGUAGAUCUGGGUGAAUUCUGAAGCUGCAUCACCAUGGCUUCAAAGCUGUUGAUGAUCACAGUCUUAAUCUUUGAUAUCAUUGCUUUUGGUUUGGCUGUUGGGGCUGAGCAAAGGAGAAGCACUGCAAGGAUUGUUCAGGAUUCCGAUGCGAAUUACAAUUAUUGUGUCUAUGACUCCGACAUUUCAACUGGAUUGGGUGUUGGUGCAUUGUUGUUUCUCUUGGUGAGCCAGGUCCUUAUAAUGGGGGUAAGCCGGUGCUUCUGCUGUGGGAAGCCAUUGAGUCCUGGAGGUUCAAGGGCUUGGGCUGUUAUCCUGUUCAUAACAUGCUGGGUAUUUUUCCUCAUUGCUGAGGUGUGCUUGCUGGCGGGUUCGGUGAGGAAUGCCUACCAUACCAAGUACAAGCCCUUCUAUAGUGACACCCCACAACAUUGCCAGACCUUAAGAAAGGGAGUUUUCGGAGCCGGGGCAGCUUUCAUUUUACUCAAUGCAAUUGUCUCUCAGUUCUACUAUGUCUGCUAUUCCAGUGCCAGGGAGAAGUUCCAGUCAUAUGGUGCAGAAACUGGUGUGGGUUUGGGACCCUACAAAUAAGAUUCAUGGAUAUGACAAAGAUACAUACUUUAUAUAAUUCAAUACAUGUGACUGUCUGGAUACUCUGCAGUAAUUUUUGUCUACUCCAUUGCAAUUUAAAUUGGCAUUUUCGUGGGUUAAGGGGGUUUUUAGUUGGUAAUAUCUGUAUUAUAGGUGAUGAUUGUAAUUUUUAUUUUUUUUCCUUCACGCUACUGUAUUUUUUUUUUUUUUUUUUUUUUUUGGGCCUUGAUUGUUAUAUACUUAUUAAAUAAUAGAAAAUCAUUGUUAUGUUCGGAAACCGAAAACCACAACAAUAAAACAUGUAAAAUUUUGUAUUAUCAUUUA